AUCAGGAUUCUGAUACGCUAAUAGGCGUCAUGAGCGACGGGUGAAAGAUCCUUAAUUCUCAGUUAAGACAGACAGUAAAGAUAAAAGCCGGUGAUCAAAAAGAUGGCGAUGAACACUGAAAUUCUCAUUAGGAUAGGUGGAAGGUAACUCUGUUUCCCCCUCCCCAGUACAGAGCAUCGGGUUUUCUUGGGGUCCACGGAGGAAAAUUCCAAUGGCUGGUGAUGCAACCAAUAACAGCCAAUCACCAGCGCUUUCUAUCUCUCCCUUCCUGUCUUAAAAUCACUUCUUCACAUUCAUGCUUCUUCCCUAGAGAGCUGGCUGGAAAUCCGGACAGGUUAAAGCAACAUUGGAGGCAUUUUCUGGGGGUGGGGAGUCUGGAAAAGAUGGACGGAGGCGGAGGCUCGUUGCCUGAGAGGAGAACUGGCUCGGUGAGAGCAGCUGUUAGUUCUUACAGAGAGCGGAUUGUUGAAAGCAGUCCUACGGUCAAGAAACUACAAACGAAUUAUACUGAGAAGCCGUACAUGAAAACAAGAGAGCUGCAUCAGGCGAAGAGGGAUACUAACCAGUUAAAGGUGAGCAGAAAGCUUGCAGAGUCGGUGACAGAUGAAGCGAUAUCCGAGCUAUCUGCUGCGAGGAAGACUGUGAAAGAUCUGACUCUGAGGAUUGAAGAGUCGAACUCAAGAGCUGAAACACAGAUGCGGGACGUGGAGAAACUGAAGAUGGGCGGAAGAAAGGAAGGAGAAUAUGAGUCUGGAAAUUCUCAGUGCGAGAAAGUGAUGAGGGAGUUGGAGAAGAUAAAACGGGACUUGAGUAAGCUUAAGCUGGAUAUGGCUACCGUUUUGGAAGAAAAGAGAAGGGCAGAGAAAGAAACGGAGGCGUCCUUGUUGAAAAGCCAGAGUUACUCGAGUUCAAUCGAAGCGCUUAACCAGGAAAUCGAGGAAGUCAAUGAGGAGCAUGUUCUGGUUGAGUUGGCUCGAAUUGAAGCCAUUAAGGAAUGUGAAGAGAUUGAAGCUCGGAGGAGGGUAGAGUCUGAGGUGUACCAUGCUGCAAUAGAGGAAACUCGGAGGAAAAAGCAGAAUAUGGUUCACGAAAUUGAGGAUGUUAGAGAGUUAGAAACAAAGCUGGCUAUUACAAUAUCGGAUGUGAAUAUGUUAGAUAGUGAACUUAAGCAAGUAAAGGAACUGGAGAAGGGACUAGGAAGAAAUGAGUCUGAAGUCCAGGAGGAAGACGAGUCGGGUUCUGUGUCUUUGUUGGAGUCUGUAUUGAAAGAGUUGGAGGAUACGGCGAAGGAAUUGGCUUCAGUUAAAGAUGAAAGCUUCCAGUUUAUGUCUUCUAUGGACGUUGUACGGAAUGAGCUCAGGCAUGUUGCGGAGGAAACAGCUCGAUUGAAGAAGAAAGAAGAGAAAUCAGAGAUGACUAUUCAGAAUCUCAAUUCAAAGCUUUUGAGAGCUAAAGCCAAGCUGGAAUCGACAUCAACAGCUGAAGACAGAGCUAAAUCAGUACUCUCAAAUCUGUCGGCCACACUUGAACAGCUCAACUCGGAAGCUGAAACAGCUGAGAAAGAACGGUCCCUAAUCAGUGAAGAAACUGCAGUGGUCAAGGCAGAAAUUCAAAGAACAGAGACUGAGAUAGACUUGGCUGAGGAAAGAUUACAAGCUGCACUGGAAGAUCUCAAAGCAGUUAAGUCAGCAGAAGCAAUAGCCCUGGAGAAUCUUAAAGUGCUUAUUGAGAAGACAAUGAGAAAUAGAGCUUCAGCAUCUCGGCCUAGCUCAACAAUAACAAUUUCAAAGUUUGAAUAUGAGUACCUGACAGGGCAUGCAGCUGGGGCCGAGGAAAUAGCAAACAAGAAAGUUGCGGCAGCUCAGGCAUGGGUUGAAGCUCUAAAGGCAAGUGAGAAAGAAAUCCAGAUUAAAUCAGAGCUCUUGCGAAGAGAAACUAGAGAGCUAAAAGUGGAGGAAGAAAGCGAGGUUCCCAAACCUGAAGGAUCACCAAAUGCAACGAAAAUGGUUGAGGAUGAGUUUGAGAGCUGGAGACAAAGUAUGGAACCUGGAAAUAUGAAGCCCGAAAGUGCAUUUCCAAGCAAAGCCACGAGCAGAAGCAUUAAGAUGACACCUUCAAGACGAGGAAAAGGUCGAAGAUCUGCAUCUACAAUAGUUCGUGCUACUCCUAGAUCGACAUCUUUUACAGUCGGGAGGAGAAGAAAGGUGAUGCCCAAUCUAGCCAAAAUCUUUACUGGAAAGAGCGUUGACUGAAAUCUAUAAGCUGUAGAAAAGAAAUUCAAAACCAAAAGUUGACAUUCAUGCAAAACAUAAUGCUGUCAUGUUUUGUUAAUUCAGUUCAUAAAUUUUGCUGAUUGUUAUUCCGGGUUCGGAUUUGUUAGCUCUGUAGCACUGGAAUAUUUGAACAUACCUAUUUGCUGGCAGAGUACUGCUAUAUUCACUCACAGUAAGGAAGUCACAACUACUACCAUGCUUUGUUAGCAUA